GUUCUCGCAAAUUGCCUCGUGUUGCGAGCGUAUUAGCUCGCGCGGACAGCUAGGUUGUGCACGCGUGAGGUCCCAGCCUCGCUGAUACUUUGCUACGCCGCGCGCUGCGCUGGAGAAUCGCUUGCGAGGACGUUAGAUCGAUUACCUUCCGAGGCUGCGCGCAGCCUCUUUGCCGGGCGCGCGGCGAGCUACGACUGCCUAGCGCCACCAGAAGGAAGUAUGCCCAAGUCUCUCGGCUCGGCGCGCAAGGCGCGGAAGGCCCGCCGCGGCUUUCCCUUCCGCUCGAUCAUGAACGCGGCCGAAGCCGUCUGUGCGUGCGACGCCUGCCGCGGGCGGUUGACGACGGUUCGCCUGGAGACGCGUGGCGGGCGCGCGUCGCCGUCAUCCAUUGCCACGACGGCUCUGUCGCCGGCGGUGCAUGGCCCCGUGCGCAUCGUGGUCGUCAUCAACGACGAGGGCGUCGAACAAGCUUUUGGCCUGAGGAACUUUCGGAUCUCAGGCCUUUCGCCGACGGACGGCUACGCCACGGAAGACGACCUCUCCUGCGCGAUCCUCUCGGCGCUCUCGCGCCCGCUCCCCGCGCCGGCCAUCAACGCGUUCCUCCGCCUCCCGGCGCCGACGCGCGCCGAGUUCCUCGAAGGGCGCGGCCUCGACGAAGACCUGGCGCUGGACGAGCUCUGCCAGCUCGGUCUCAAGGACCUGCUGCCGCCCACGCGCGAGGCGCGCGUCGAGAGUUUUGAAGAUGAUUGCCUGUUCAUGACGAUCGCGUACCUGUGAAUCAGUGUAAGAAUGACAAGAAGAGUGAUU